AUGAGCAGGUGUCUUCAGGUAGGAAGAUCUGGAAGCCCUGCCAUUUCGAGAUGGUUGAAUUCUUCGGAGGAUAGAACGAACCAUUCGGUUGAUCGUGGAGGAAUUAGCACGGUCUCUGCAUCAAAAUUUGGUGUUCAUGAUGGUCUCGCCAAGCUGAAGGAUUUUCUCAGCAUUGCAGAUCAAGAUUUCCAGGAAGAUACCAAAGGGAGCUCUGAUAGCAGGUGCCUCCAUGAGAUGCUCCAGGAGUCCCAGUCCAAUUCGCCCGUUUCCUUCUACUCACAUCUUGAUUCUAGUGAAGAAAGUGAUAGCGAGGCAGCUCCAUAUGACAAAGGAAGGUCAGCAAAGAUCAUGCCCAUAGAUGCAGAUUUCUUGGCAGCUAAACUACAUGAAAGAUCUCAUGGCUCACUGAAUAAUCUAUCAAAUUCGGUCCUGGAGCUGAAGAAUGCUGACUCAUACUCCACAUCCAACUAUUCCGCCAAGGAUGCCAUGUUUCCACAGUGCUCGCCGAGGUACGAUCUCAGAUGCUUCAGCACCUUCUCAACCAAAUUCAUCAAGAAAAGUUCCCUGUCCGAUCUAGUCUCCAGAGGAAGCAUGAGCAGGAAAUUCAAGACUUCCACAACCAGUGAUGAUUGGAGUGAUGUCAGCUCGCGCUGGGGAAAGGACAGUCAGGUAGAUUUUCUUGAGAGGUUCGAGAAGGCAGUAUCAAAAUUAUUGAUUUCAGAUGGACUAGAAAGCUGCCUAGAUGCUGGCUCUGAAGUCACAACUACAUGGCAAUUACUGAACAACACUUCAGAGGCGAGACACAAGUCGUCAGUAAGGCAAGAUAUCCUUGACCAGCUGCUUGACAGUAUUUCCACAUCAAAAAAGGACAAAGUGGUCAGGGCAUCAGUCUAUGUUCUGCUGCUCAUGAUAUCUGAAGAUAGAAAUAUGAUGAGAGGCAUCAAGAGGAAGGACUUCCAUUUAUCCAACUUAGCCAUUGCAUUGAAGAGAGAUGUACAUGAAGCAGCCAUUCUGAUAUAUCUGUUGGAUCCUACACCUUUAGAGAUAAAAAACUUGGAUCUGUUGCCCUCGCUUCUACAUAUUGCUUGUAACUCAGGCACCCAAAAAUGGCCUGCAAUGCUUCCACUGACACCGACAUCAGCAUCAAUAGCUCUCAUUGAGAUCUUAGUGACAGCAUUCGACUAUGUAACAAACAAUGUCCACUUGGCUUCCCUCAGCUCUCCUCCUAUUCUGUCUAAGCUUGUAGACGUUGCAAAGAACCACAACUUGGAGGAAGGUGUAGCCCUGGCAGCUAUUCUCAUCAGAUGUGUACGUCUCAAUGGUAACUGCAAGAAGUUCUUGUCACAGGCUACUCCAGUGGACCCAUUCCUUCACCUUCUGAGACGAAAAGAGCACCGUGCCAAGUGUGCUGCACUUGAAUACUUCCAUGAGAAUCUACAGAUUCCCAGGUCCUCAGCAAACUCUCUGCUUGAAGAAAUACGACGGCAAGGUGGCAUUGCAAUUAUGCAUACACUGAUGGAUACAGAAAUAAGCACAUGGAGCAAUAAAUCUGCACGAGCGAUUAUUAAAAUAGGAGUACCGUUUAUCAGCGCUUUAGCCAAAGGAAUGCAAAGCAAGGUGAAGGGAACCUCACAGGAUUGCCUCAUAUGCAGUGCAUGGCUCGGAAGCGAGCUGGCUGCCCUUGGUGAAAAUGCCAUAAGAUAUUUUGUUUGUGAGAUCUUGUUGCAUGACAUAGCAAGUCACCUUCAUCCAGGAAAUGAGCUUGGCGAAAGGGUUCUAGCAUGCAUGUGUCUCUAUAAUUACACCUCCGGAAAAGGAAAGAAAAUGUUGAUGAGCUUGUCAGAGGGUUCCCGAGAAUCUCUUAGGAGGCUUUCAUCAUUCACAUGGAUGGCUGAGGAGUUACUUCAAGUUACAGAUUAUUUUCUUUCCAGCAAACCACAUGUAUCAUUUGUACAUACACAAAUUCUAGAAAUUGGUCAACCAGGCAAUGGCGCAGCAACUGCUAUAGCAUUCUUCAGAGGGCAGCUUUUUGCUGGUUAUUCUAAUGGCACCAUCAGGGCAUGGGACAUAAAAGGCAAGAGGGCAGUAAUCAUCAGGGAGGUAAAAGAGCACAAGAAGGCGGUGACUUGUUUUGCACUAUCAGAAACUGGGGAGAACCUCCUGAGUGGAUCAGCAGACAAAUCUAUUCGGGGUGUUAAAUUAAAAGAUCAUUUGCAGGUAUGGGAAAUGGCACAGCCUAAGCUAGAGUGUGUGGAGAUGAUUCAGACAAGAGAGGCUGUACAAAAGCUUGAUAUUUGUGGUGACAAAGUUCUUGUACUUACACAGAACAACGUUCUCAAGUUCUCUUGUGCAUCAAGAAGCAGCCAAACAUUUUACAGGAGCAAGCAUGUCAAAUCUCUAGCUGUAUAUCAAGGAAAAGCUUACCUUGGAUGCAAAGACUCAAGUAUACAGGAACUAGACGUGUCAGUUGAAUCCAACAUUGAGAUAAGGGCACCUAGAAGAAGCUGGAUGAUUAGCAAACAAUUCAUUAGCUCCAUUGUUGUAUACAGAGAUUGGAUGUACUGUGCCGGUGCUCAGGUCGAAGGAUCAGCCUUAAAGGAUUGGAAGAAACGAUGCAAACCUAAUAUGACAAUGCCAAUACCAAAGGGAACAAAUGUAGAGGCCAUGGCAGUGGUGGAAGACUUCAUCUACUUGAACUGCAGUAGAAGCCCUAGUAUCAUUCAGAUAUGGUUGAGGGAAAAGCAGCAGAAAGUAGGAAGGCUAUCUGCAGGAAGCAAGAUAACGAGCUUGUUCACUGCAAACGACAUGAUUUUCUGUGGUACAGAAACUGGGUUAAUUAAGGUCAGUAACAACCAAUUAAUCUUGAGAACUGAGAUUUAUGCUUCUCUGAGGAUAACGGUGAAACAAAAAAUUCUUGCAAAUGUAACUACAGGCAUGGAUACCGUUGUGAAGAGUAGAAGCAAAACGGAGCAGGUGGAAGGCCCAAUCUUGUAA